AAUUAAGUUUAAACAUGAUCAGUCCAGCAGAGAUAUUUGCUCGUCUAGGAUCUGAUAUUGGUCCUUUGAUGUUCGUGGGUUCGAUCAUAUCGCACUACCUUCCUCAUGAACUUGGAAGCUACAUCAAUGCAUACUUUCAAAGACUAGUGCUUUUCGCCACACCUUGCAUCCAAAUCACAUUCAAUGAAUUAGCAGGAGAGCGUCCCACGCGCAAUGAAGCCUAUUCUGCUGUGGAGAACUAUCUGAGCAUAAUGUACUCAAAGGAAGCAAAGCGGCUGAAGGCUGAUAUCAAGAACAACUCCCUUGUUCUUAGCAUGGAUGAGUAUGAAGUGGCUGCGGAUGAGUUUGAAGGAGCCAAAGUAUGGUGGGUUUCUGGAAAGAGUUGUUCCAAGACAGACACAAAUUCUUCUUACUACAAGCUCUUCUUCCAUAAAAGGCACCUGGAUCUCAUCAUCAGGCGAUACCUCACCCAUGUCUUAAAGGAAGAACCAAAUUUGAGAAACCCCCGAAGAAAGCUUUAUAGCAACAUGGGGUCACGCUGGAGCCAUGUAGUGUUUCAGAACCCGGCAACAUUUCAGACACUAGCCAUGGAGCCAGAGAAGAAGAAGGAAAUCAUCCUUGACCUAAAUGUAUUCAGCACAGCAGGAGGGUUUUAUGCAAGAAUUGGGAGGGCAUGGAAGCGAGGCUAUCUCCUUUUUGGCCCUCCAGGGACUGGCAAGUCCACAUUAAUUUCUGCCAUGGCCAAUCAUUUAGGCUAUGAUACUUAUGAUCUUGACUUGACUGCAGUGGAGGACAACACUGAGCUGAGGAAGCUAUUGAUCGAAACAUCAGGUAAGUCCAUAAUUGUAAUAGAGGACAUUGAUCGUGCGCUUGAUUUCUCAGGCCAAAUGAGGAAGAGAAAAGCUAAUGGGGAACAGGAGGAUAUGGGAAGGCUUGGGAUACAAGAAAGAGAAACCAAACCCUAUCAGGUUACUCUUUCUGGCAUUCUAAACUUCAUUGAUGGGCUGGGGUCAUCUUGUUGCGGAGAAAGGCUCAUUGUCUUCACAACUAAUCAUGUGGAGAAGCUCGAUGCAGCACUCAUUCGGAAAGGAAGGAUGGAUAAGCACAUAGAAUUAUCGUAUUGCCGGUUUGAAGCAUUCAAGGUGCUGGCCAAAAACUACCUUGAAAUCGAAGCACACCCGUUGUUUCCCACCAUUUGCAGCUUGCUUGGGAAAACCAAUACGACUCCAGCUGAUGUAGCAGAGCAUUUGACACCCAAGACCAUUUCGGGUGAUGUUGAAACCUGCCUGGAAAAUGCCGAAAUCUGCCUGCAGAAUCUGAUCAAAGCUCUUGAAAAAGAAGAAGAGAAUGUAAGGUUAAAAUCUGAGGAAGGAGGGAGUGUGAGAAAUCAUCAGCUAAAGAGGAAGAAACUGAUGAUGCCACAGGAUCAUCUGAUAAUAAAUGAAAAGAGGGCAAGAAGUUAGGAUUUAAUUUUGGUCCUCAAUUUGUGUAAAGAAUAGCUGUAUGCAUCAUUCU